AUGACCCUUGUAGCUGUGGGACACGACCCGGUCAAUUCAUCCCUGAGGCAGGGUCACGAAAGCUUAUAUAAAACGCUGUGGACUUCAGCUGUAACCUUAAUCAUGAAUUACUCCUGCAUGUUCCAGAGCAGUUAUUACGAAGCUGCUUCGUAUAUCACUGGGUUCUCGGCUCUUCCAUGUCCGGAUGAUGUGCGAAAUGUCCCAACUCCAGCCAUGUGUCUUGGCUUUCCAUUGCCCCUGCCCGAGUACUACCCGGAGUACCCUCCCAGCUACAAUCAGCUCACUUCUUUGCCAGCUUUGGAAUAUCCUCAACCAAGCUAUUAUUCGGCUGCUCCUUUCCCAACACCUGCUUACUAUUCCAUCAAUGAUGUAGCAAACCAGCCUAACACUUCCACUCACUUCGAUGCAAGUGCCAACGAUUCGUGGCUGGAAAACUCGACGACUAGCGUGCAGCUUGAAGAUGAUGUGGUUUCUCUUGAUGGUGAUUCCUGCACUGAUAAUCCGCAGCACUAUGUUGGCACAUUCGCCCCGUCGUACAGAGGGGUCACGCCCGUUUUGCUUUACCGUAUUCCUUCCACGGAUCUCUGCUACGUCUACAACCGGAUUAGAACUGUUGACGGCUCAAAGGGACAUUACGUAUGCAGGGAGUGCUAUCUGAAGAAGAAGUAUGUACCUGCUAAGGUUAUAGACGAUACCCACUUCGUCAAAGAUCCGAUGGCAGGAGGGCACAUUUGCAAGCCAAAAAGCUUCUCAAAGGAGUUUACUUCACGCACUUGUGCUAGAGUAAGGCCUUACUUUUUGGCUCUUUCUUGUCGCUUUAUCUCUUUUUUACACAAGCGAGCGCUUUACUAUUAUUUUAGAAGCGAUGCCGUUGCGCCGAUGAUUCAGGGAUAUCUACGAGCUUUACCUGAAAGUGCACUUUCCUACUGA